UUUUUAAAAAAAUUUUAUUAUUUGCACAACCUUUACAUAAUGUUACACCAAAUUGUGCAAGUUUUAAAAAUACUCAUAAGAGUAGAAUAGAAACAGGAACCACAGAAAAGCAGAACAAAAACUAAAUUAAUAGGGACUUUUUUUCAGAAAUAUGGUAAUUGAAUGGAGACACUGAACUGAAAAUAGAUGACACUGCUUUACUCUAGGUCGCUUAGAGUAAGUGUGUUUUUAUAAUAGUGCCGAUCAUGCUCAUUGCAAUCAUCAUGAUGAAAUGUUGACGAAUUGAUUCCAGCGGUUGCAGGAGCUGCAUCUGCAGGAGAAUGUGGUGGAGGUGCUGGGAGAUCAAGCUCUGGUGGGUCUGUCCUCUCUGGCUCUUCUGGACCUGAGCAGGAACAACCUGAGGACCCUGAGUCCCGCGUCACUGAAACCCCUCGUCAGCCUGCAGGUGCUGAGAGUCACAGAUAACCCGUGGCGCUGCGACUGCGCUCUGCACUGGCUGCGUGGCUGGAUAAACGAAGAGGGUCAGAGGCUUUUGAGCUCAGCCGAGCGGCGGAUGUUGUGUGCCGAACCUCCGCGGCUCUCCCACCUCAGUCUGGUCGAGGUUCCCCCAAACAGCCUUGUUUGCAUCCCGCCUGUAGUGCAACUGGAGCCCAGCCACUUGACGGUGCGUUUGGGGGAGAGUCUACGCGUGUCCUGCCAGGCGUCCGGAUACCCGCAGCCACAAGUCACCUGGAGGAAAGCGUCUCACGGAAAAGCCCAACUGUCUCCCAGAGGUCUGGUGCAGGAAGUCGGGAUGGAUGGAGACGCAAGGACCGGCGGCAGGUUGGUGACGGCCAGGCCUGGCGGAAAAGGAGGUCAGUCGAGUCGUGGGCCAGUCCGAGGAGGAGCCGAGGAGGGAGGCGACCGGGAAAACUUUGAUCCUGAUACAGGAAGCGGGAUGUUGUUUCUCAGCAACGUCACGGUGGCGCAUGCCGGACGCUACGAAUGCGAGGCCUGGAAUCCCGGCGGUGUGGCUCGUGUGACUUUUCACCUCUCGGUGAACAUGUCUUCGUCCCGCUCAGAAAUCUGGCCUCGGUUGCACUCCUCGUCUUACUAUCAUCCUUCCUCUGUGGACGUGAGUCAGGAGCCGCUGUAUGAGCUUGAAAGCAUGGACUUCAACGCGCUGGGAACCGCCACGCAGACGGCCAUCGCGGUGGGAAUCUCACUGCUUGCCUUGACGGCGCUGUUGCUGCUUUGCAUGAUUUACAGUCGCCAUCGCCAGCGGCAGAAAGAGGAAGGCGGGUACGGCGCCAGCAAAGAGGAAAGCAUCCUCUACGUCAACGACUACUCUGACGGUCCCACCACGUUCGCUCAGCUUGAAGAGUACCGGGACGAACGUGGCCACGAGAUGUACGUGUUAAACCGCGCCAAACCGGUGCUGCCUCCACCGCCGACAUGCACCCAACAGGGUUCGGUGAUAAAGGCCAGUGAGUGUCUGACUCCAGGCCGGGCCACAGGGAUCGGACCACGGAGGGCUCCUGCAGAAGGAGGCGAAGGACCUCCGCUUGAUCCCGAAGGGUUGUUCAUGAACCAGAGCUUGCUGUUUGACACGCAGAUCGCUUAUGAGAUCCACUGCUGAACUGUAUCACUGGAAAGACUGGUUUUUUGCCAGUAGAUGUUAUCCUGCUGAAUUUCCUUUUGUUCUGAGAGCACAAAUGUUUUUUUUAAAGCAUUAAGGGAGUAAGAGACUUUAAAGCUGCGUUGUGCAAUUUCAGUGACAUCAAAUGUAUUUGCAAAAUGUUUGCAACAUUUCCCCUGUUAGCACACCAUUGGUGGAUUCAGUGUUGCUACACUCUUAAAAAUAAAGGUUCUUUAUUGGCAUUGAUGGUUCUAUGAAGAACAUUUACCAUCCAUAGAAUCUAUCCAUUCCACAAAAGGUUCAUUACAGUGUAAAAAAGUUCUUUAGAUUUUCAAAAUGUUCUUCACACUAAGAAAAAAAUUUUUCUUUUAAGAAUUGUUUAUUGAAAGGUUCUUUGGGGACCAAAAAUGGUUCUUCUAUCGCAUUGCUAUGAAAACCCCCUUUGAGAAACCUUUAUUUUUAAGACAGUUGAACUGCUCAAACAAGCAUAACAUGUUGAAAACAUCAGCGUUUAUUCUCGUUAGGGAAAUCAACCUGCGAAUGGCUACUUAAUUUAAUGGCUACAAUCUUCUCUGCACAUUGCACACAGCAGCUUUUACAAGGUUAGUUCACCCAAAAGUGUAAAUUCUGUCAUUAUUUUCUCACCUUCA